UGCCAGUCACUAACGUCAAAAUCAGUCAACUUAAUGUCAAAUGUAAAAAGUUUGGAAAAUGCUGAAUAUCGGAGGAAAACUCAAAUAAUGUUCCAAAUCUGAAAAUGUGUCAUUAAAACCAAUAAGUAAAUAAUUAUGUAUUAUGCCAAAAAUAGCAAUUACAAGUAAAAAUCUGGGACGAAUGCUCGUAAACUUUGGCUCGUUAUAUCAAUAACCUCAAAACACAUGUACGGUAUAAGUGUAUUGUUUAGUUCUCGUGUAGUUAGUAAACGUAGCAUACGUCGUUACUCGUCUGAUAGUACUAAGAAGCUGUUGGAAUUUCUAGCCGAUAUGCCGAAAGCGACUUCAGCCAGAAUCGCUGAGGCCCAACGUCAAAGGCAACAGAUAACAAAAAAGAGUGAAAAAUAUGGUCCAAGCACAGUAUACCUCCAGGUGAUUGGAUCAGGCGCAAGAGGAGCCCCCAACACGCUUUACCUCUUUACAGACCAAAAACGAUAUCUCUUCAACUGUGGUGAAUGCACACAGAGGCUUGCUCAUGAGCACAAGGUGAAACUCUCCCGACUGGACCACAUCUUCAUCACCAGUAAAACAUGGCGCAAUAUUGGAGGUCUGCCGGGAUUGUCACUCACCUUGCAGGAUGUCGGAGUCCCAAAUAUAACAUUGCAUGGACCUGAAGGCUUGGAUGACUUGUACACAGCAACAAAGCGGUUUGUUAUAAUGAAAGACAUGAAUGUGACAAUGGCCAAAUGUAGUCCCUUAGAGGACUUCGAAGACAAUGUUAUGAAUGUCAAAUAUGUGCUAUUGGGCCCCAUGGACAAUAUACUCCAAGGUAAAGAAAAGCCAGCUGCCAAAAGGCCAAGACUAGAUUCGAACUCGGAGAGGGAGUAUGAAGAGUUUAUCCACGAUGACACUGAUUACUAUAGGUCUCAUAUACGGAACAUGGAGGCUAACUCAUCUAAUGCUCAAAAAAACAAACAUCUUAGGGACAAGCCAAAAUCAAAACCUUUGCAUAAUGAAAAAGAAAAUGCCCAGAAGAAAAAGACUGAUAAGGUUCUACAUGAGUUGCAGAAGAAAACUAAUUGUUCUGUGGCCUAUAUCUGCACUCUAAAGAAACGGCUCGGUACUCUAGACCUGGCGAAAUGUGUGGAGCUGGGAGUAAAGCCAGGUCCAAUGCUGGGCCAGCUAAAAAGCGGACAAGAUGUAGUGCUGCCAGAUGGCUCACUGGUCAUGUCUAAGGACGUGAAGACACCUGAUGAUCCUGGUCCUGUGUUUAUUGUGUUGGAUGUACCAGAUCUAACAUAUCUCAAGGAGACGGAGUUCUCAGCGCACUUCGACAAUGCCAGAAACCCGCCAGAGAACAUCCCGGCCCUCAUCGUGCACUUCACUCCGCCACACGUGUUCCAUCACCCCACGUACCGAUCCUUCAUGGCAAUGUUUGGUCCUUGUACGCGCCACCUAGUCCUGAACGCACAGAACUGCUGCUUAGGCUCGGAAGCAGUGCAUCGAACACAACACAAACUGCACCUUCUGGACCCGGACAUAUUCCCACUGCUCAGGGAUGUCAGUGUGCCCGCUGUGUGGAAUGCCCACCCACCUGUACCCAAGACCAAUAGUCCUAUAAGGUUAAAGGGUUUGGAGGAACUUAAAAAUAAGAUAGCCCUCGCGCAGUUCCAGAAUAUUAUUAACUUGGAGGGCUCAGCUAAGGGGGACGGACACCAGCCCACGGUCGAAGAGUGCGAUUCUAUCCCCAAGUUGGAGUUGUUGGCUGGACGGACGCUUACAAUGUACCAUUUGAGGCCUAAAAAGCAGUUGGAUAGAACAGCAGAACCGAAGCUUCAUAUCCAAAGCUACAUUCAGGAGACGAUGGACGUGGAUGGGUUCGUCGGCAGCCUGGAGCAGUUCCGUCACCUCGUGGACGGCAUGAGAUACGCGCGGUGUGACUCUAAGGAGUACCCCAAGGUCGUGUUCUUGGGCACAGGAUCCUGUAUACCCAGCAAGACUAGGAAUACUAGCGCUAUUGUGUUGCAUAUUGAUGAGAAUAAAUCGAUUCUCUUGGACUGUGGAGAAGGUACCUUCGGCCAGCUGGUACGUUUCUACGGGCCGAAGAAAGUCAACAGUUUCCUUAGGACGCUGAAAGCAAUCUACAUCUCGCAUCUACAUGCUGACCAUCAUAUUGGUCUAAUCGGCGUGAUCCAAGCCCGUCGUGAAGCGCUCCACGAGUUGAAUGCAGGCAGCGAGCACCCCAUCCCCGCUCCCCCCCUGUACCUGCUGGCGCCGGGACAGAUCAUCACCUGGCUCACCUGGUACGACCACCAGUUCGAGAAGAUCAAGAACGAGUUCACUCUCAUACCUAACCAGAAUCUUCUUCACGACCACGCUCACAACCAGGAAGUGUCAUCAGCAGUGCUAGCGGCGAUGGGCGUGCAGAAUAUAAAGACGUGCCACGUGGCGCACUGCCCCAACGCGUUCGGAGUGGCUGUGGAACUGGACGACGGGUACAAAGUCACCUACUCCGGAGACACGCUGCCCUGUGAUGAACUGGUCAGGAUUGGAGAAAACUCAACCCUACUGAUUCACGAAGCGACGAUGGAGGACGAGUUAGCAGACGAGGCGCGUAUGAAGAUGCACUCGACAACGACGCAGGCCAUCGACAUCGGGCGCCAGAUGAAGGCGCGCUACACGGUCCUCACGCACUUCAGCCAGCGGUACGCGCGCCUGCCGCGGCUCAACGCGCAUAUACUCAACGAUAACAACAGCGUCGGCAUCGCGUUCGAUAAUAUGCAGAUCACAAUGAGCGACCUGGACCUGCUGCCGCACAUGUACGCGCCGCUGCAGCUGAUGUUCGCGGAGCACUGCGUGGAGAUGGAGCUGAAGGCGGCGCACCGCCAGCGCCAGCGGGACCGCCAGGCCUCGCCCCUGCCCGACUCCACGUCGUCCCGGCUGCAGUCGCUGAGCCGCGGGCGGCGCGUGCCGUCCACCGGCGCCACUGUGUCACCGGCGCCGCGCUUGCGGUACAGGGAGAGCAAUGCUUCACGGCUUCGGCAAGAGAUCAAAGGCAUGACAGUGUGGGGCACUGUGAGGAAACCACGCAGUCGAAGUAACUCCGCUUCGACGUCCGGCUCUCAUGAAGUGACCGUAACCAAAGCGAAGCUGGACGAACCACGUAGCUCAUCACGUCAGCACAGUUUAGAACGACCCAAAAACGCUGAGAAGGAAUUCACAUUGCACUCACAAAGUGACCACAUAAGCAAUGAUGUCCACAUUUCAAUGAAAGAAAGCAACGUUUCUUCGUCACCAAAUGUUGUGAACACGCGUUCAAAGACUUUAAGCUCUGUGGGCCCAUCGCAUUUACCCUCAGCUGAAGAAGUGUUGGAAGUUAUGGGCAAAAAUAGGAAUACCCAUAGAUUCCAUAGCAUUGUGGGUCAUGCUAAGCAGACUACAGACGCCGGCUAUGGCAAGCCGUUGGUGACGCCGAUCAAUAAAAAGCUGACCAUCAUGCGGGAGGAAAAGUGGUAUCCGACCUUGAAUCCAAGUAAUGAGAAAAUUACAACAGGAGUGCCUGCGCCCAAAACUCCAACACGGACGUGGAAAGCGGAAAACAGAGAGGGUGCUCCUCGAAAUACUGCAAAGCAACCUGAUUUGAUGUUAAUACCUAAAACACUAGUCAAGUGUCAUAAGUUCGAUGUGGUCACGAGCGUGCUCGGGCACAUACUAUUUUGGCGCGUGGCUCGCAUGACUGCCUACGUGUACCCAAUCUGUGGUAGCAAUGGGAUUGUGAUUGUCACUAUAUUAGCAUUUGCUGUUUUGUUUUGGACAGCCACGAAGUCCUCUUUAACCGGGAACAAGUUACGGGCAUCGAAUACUAAUCCCAAUGUCUUUCCGGAAACUAAAACACCCGCUCUAAGGAGUAAUGUAGCUUCCAGAUUGCGUACAAUCCCAAUAACACGGCCUUCAGCUUCCUCUCUGCCUCGGAAUAAAAGUCCAACUCGGCAAUACAAAACUAUUUGCAAACCUCAAGAAGUAUUAAGCGUGCAAACGAAACAACGUUACGACCGCAAUAUGAAAAGUAAAGACAAGCGCAUCACGAAACCAUGGAAGCCGGAAGUGAACAGCAGGGCCUGCGAUACGCCCCCGCGGUCUCCCACUAGAACGACGACUCCUAUUGGAGUAGUCACUCCUACAAGAGUGAGUUCACCAGCACCCAAGAGAUCGUUGCCAAGUGAAACUAACAAGCCCUGCGAUACACCUUCGCUUACUCCUUCUGAAGUCUCUUCUCCUACAAGAGUGAGUUCACCAGCACCCAAGAGAACUUUGCUAAGUGAAAUUAACAGGGUCUGCGCGGCCUCGCGGGAUCCUAGCAGAUCAUCAUCUACUGCUGAAGUACCCUCUACCACUAGAGCAAGUUCCCCAGCACCCAAGAAAAUAUUGCCAAGUGAAACUACCAGCAGGAUCUGCAGCACGCCGCCGCGCUCUGCUAACAGAACACUGUCGCCUACCAGAGGCAGAGUAACCUCUCCUACUAGAGCAAGUUCACCAGCAGCCAAGAGAACAUUGCCGAGUGAACCAACAAACAAACAGAUGAUUCCAAACGAUGAUGAUGACAUUGCCAACGAAAAACUGAUUAAAGAAUCUUUUCUCUCAUUCCCGACGAGGGGGCCACCUGGCCCCUAUAACAGAAGUUUCAAACCACAAUUGGAAGACAUAAAGAGCUCGAAUUUACUUGUAAACAAAAAAGACCAGGAUAAAAAAUCGUGUCCAAUGACUGAAAAAACUGAGGAAAAUAUACCAUCACAAAGUAAAUUUAAUGAGGAACUGAGAAGACGGCAGCUAAAUGAAGUUAAAAAGAAAUUCCAAAGUAAAAGAUUUUUUACAGACUCAAAAUAUGAUAAGAUUGAAGGGCUCAAUUGGAUCACAUGGAAAUAAUAUACAAGUUAAAUUAUAAACAAUCUGUAUUCAAUAAAUUUAUAGUGAUAGUAUACACUCCAGCGUGGUGUCUAAUGUUAAAGUUUACGAGCAUAAUGUAUCAAUUAAAAAAAUUGAAAAACAA